AGAGGAUGUAUCGAAAAAUGUCUUGUUUAACACGCAAGUUAUAAACGUCUUAAGAUUUUAUAAUUUUAUGACACUUUUCACGCGGCACCGCCACCACCUGAUUUCAUGGAACUAUGCACAAUGUGUGUUACACUGAGCGCACAUUGAUUCCACAUGCCCAAUCAUCCAUCCACUUACCUGUAGCAACUAACCGGUCGCAUUGCGUUGAACUUAUUUUAGAAUGAAAAGGGAUUAAGGAUUAGGCGAGGAUAUGAGGACAACAACUGUCGUUGUGUGAAACUAAUAAAAACUUGUCACAGCACCAACACUUUAAGUACCUGUUCCUCAACCACUCAAUCUCUCGGACAGGUGCUCGCGUAGACAGUGACUAAAGCGUGAUUUGUAUAUAAAUGCCAGGAUAUCAAUGAAUCUCAUCACAGUUCAACAGCUAACCUCAAACGUUAAACACACACAACACUCAGUUUUAAACAAAAAUCAUUUAAACAUGGGUUUUGAACAAAGCUUCAGUGAAUUACACAUUAGCAGCCAAUCGCCGGCUUCGUACAUAAAAUCACAUCCUUAUCAGGUGGCGAAUUUGGUGACAACUGAAAUGCGCUUGAAGCGCAUAGCUAAACGUCAAAUGGACAGUGCAACAAUGUUUAGUCGUCUGCAGGUGAUUAUCGAUCAAAUGGAGGAGACCUUUAAGGCGCCAAGUUGUAAUCAAGUUUCACCGAAAAAUCUCAUCUCCAAUGGAGGCAGCAACGGUCUGGGUGGUGAGCAGCACAAUUAUCCAUAUACAAAUUCCUCGUCGGGUGUAUCAUCAUCCUCGUCAACGGGUUCACCAUUGUCGGAGGAUGAACAAUGCGCCUCCUCCAGUGGUAACAAGAGAAAACUCCAGCAUGAAGAUUGUCAAUAUCAAGAACCCAGUACGACAAAUGAACCCAGCCCAUAUCCCCAACAAAUGGGUGAUGUGGUUAUUUUGGGUCCCAAUGGCACACAAAUCGAUGCCAGAUCAUAUAGCAGCAUUAUUUGGUCAUCAUCCGCCUCGGCUACAAGACAACUUUUGGGUUUUGUUUUUAGCAGUGAUGUCUUGGCUACACACACUCUCACGGGUAAACCAUCGCCAGCAUUCUAUGGCCGAGAGAGGCCAGCAAAAAUGCAAUUAGAUCCAGUUAAGGCAGCCGACAUUAUCCAUUGUGUCAAAAGCAAAUUCCACUGUACCGAACGGGAAAUUCGUGCUGCCAUUACGACCAAAUGUUCCGAUACGUCAAAGAAAUACAAACGGCGUUGCAUGAAAAAGGUUGAUGUUUUGAAAAUGUAGAAUAUCUGGGUUUGGGGUGGAGUUUUCUUUUUUCUUGGCUUAAGUAACUUGUAAAUAUUUUGUAUGUUACAUUAGUUUUAAGUUGUUUAUAAAUAUUUUAAUCGAUGUGAUUGUUUUAUAAAAAGAAAUGGAAAUUUAAAAUAAAUUCAAUUUUAGUUUUAAAAAAAUUCAAAA